UUGAAGAUGACGGCCCCUUGGAUAAUGUGUUGCAACAAGAAGAAUGUGCCCGAGACGGAACUGGACUUGGUGAUAGAGAACAAAAAAGAAAAAAUGCAGAUGAAACAAGAAAUCACAUUGCUCAAUGGCAUUUCAUUAAUAGUUGGGAACAUGAUUGGUUCUGGAAUAUUUGUGUCCCCCAAAGGGGUUUUGAUGUACAGCGCUUCUUACGGACUUUCACUCCUCCUCUGGGCCAUUGGGGGGAUCUUUUCAUUGUUUGGAGCACUUUGUUACGCUGAACUGGGAACAUCUAUAGUUAAAUCUGGAGCCAGCUAUGCCUACAUUCUGGAAGCGUUUGGAGGCUUUAUAGCCUUUAUCAGACUGUGGUCUUCCUUGCUCAUUAUUGAACCAACAACCCAGGCUGUUAUAGCCAUCACUUUUGCUAACUAUAUUGUUCAGCCAAUAUUUCCAUUUUGUGAACCACCCUAUGGAGCAGUGAGGUUGAUUGCAGCUGCUUGCAUCUGCUCCCUGACAUUUAUUAAUUGUGUCAGUGUGAAGUGGGGAACCAGAGUACAAGACCUUUUUACAUAUGCAAAGGUUAUGGCCCUUAUUAUGAUAAUAGCAGUGGGUCUUUAUAAAAUUGGCCAAGGAGAAACUGAAAAUCUUAAGGAUCCAUUUAAAGGUUCAACAACAGAUGCAGGAUUCAUUGCUCUUGCUCUUUACUCAGCCCUCUUUUCCUACUCUGGAUGGGAUACACUGAAUUUUGUCACUGAAGAAAUGAAAAAUCCAGAAAGGAACCUGCCACUUUCCAUCGCAAUUUCAAUGCCUUUCGUGACCAUCAUUUACUUACUGACGAACGUGGCCUACUAUGUUGUGCUGGACAUGCCAGCUCUAUUAGAAAGUGAUGCCGUGGCUGUGACUUUUGGUAAUGAAGCUCUUAGCCAUGCUAAAUGGAUUAUCCCCAUCGCAGUGGCCAUGUCUUGUUAUGGAGGAUUAAACUCGUCUAUUAUUGCAGCUUCCAGACUUUUCUACGUUGGAGCCAGAGAAGGACACCUCCCCAACAGCCUGAGUUUGAUUCAUAUGAAACGUUUCACACCUGUUCCUGCUCUUGUUUUUAAUGGGUUAAUGACUUUGAUAUAUCUCCUUGUGGAAGAUGUUUUUCUCCUGAUUAACUUCUACAGCUUCAGCUAUUGGUUUUUCGUUGGACUGUCUAUUGCAGGAUUAAUAUAUUUAAGAUAUACCCAGCCAGAUAGAUCACGACCCAUUAAACUCAGCCUCUUCUUCCCUGUCGUGUAUUGCUUCUGCACCCUUUUCCUCGUCAUCGUCCCUCUGUACAGCGAUACAAUCAAUUCUCUUAUUGGAAUUGGUAUAGCACUCUCUGGAAUCCCUGCCUAUUUUUUGGGCAUCUAUUUACCAGUUGAAAAGAGACCUUGGUACCUUCAGAGGCUUUUUGCUACCACUACAAAGUAUAUUCAGAUGGUGUUCCGUUGCUGCCAAGCAGACCUGGAUCUUGAAACCGAGCCCUCAGAAACCAAGGCUAAGUAAACAGAAGUUGGCU